UUUAAAAUUACAAAUUCAAGCUAAGCUAUGGACAUUUUAUUUGUUGAUAAUAGACGACAGGAUGAAAUCGAAACUUUUUAUGAAGCAUGCCAGCGACAUAGAAGCUUUUACAAAGGCGAAGCCAGUUCUCGUCAUCCUCUCGUUUAUUUCAAUGACCCACAGUAUAUGUGGCAAUGUCCUCCAGAAAUGACACCCACGUACCUCGGCUUCCCAUCAAGCCAUGUGAGGUACAAGCAGCCGGUGGUGCUGCCGGGAGAUAGAGGUCGCACGAGCGGCUUCCCCUCCCUGCCCGGACGCACUCUCGCUGGCCGCUACAAUAAAGCGGCCUGUAAAGCUUUCAUCAGAUAAAAUUGACAAUAACGAAUCAAAUUAUUACACACAUAAAUCAUAAC